GCCCGCACCUGCAGCUCCAGGCUGAGCCGCGGUGGAGCGGGGCGGGCCCGGGACCCUCGCCGCACUCUCCAAAGGACAGUUUCCGGCCCGUUCCUGAGGUUCCCGCCGCAGCCCCAAGGAGGAAAGCAGCUAUUCUCCGCUCUUUUUCAGCAUUCCCGGUCUUUCCCGCUCCUCUGCCCAGCAGGGCCCGAAAGGACAGGAGGAGAGCCUCUCCUGGCUUGAACUUGGCUGGAGGAAUGCUGCCUGAGGAUGGAUUCGCCGGUGUCCUGGGACCCACCCGCCGCAGGCCUUUUUGAAUUAGGCUGCUGCUUUUAUUUAAAGAGGGCUUAGAACCCUCAAUCUGUUAUGUACGUGUUCCUUUUCACAUUUUCCAGGCCGAGACUCACCUCUGCACAGAGACGGCGCCUGAAGGCCCAGGCCAUCACAAAGUCCACCGAGCCACGGCCUCCCCUGGUUGUCGGCCUGUGAACAAAGAACUGCUGCCUUCUCCGUUUUGCCGUAUGUUCGUCAUGCAGAACUUUAAUUCCUGAGGAAGCUCUGGAGGCCUUUUGUAUCCUCAGCAUCAGACCUCAUCAAAUCAGAGACAUCGUAACCUAAAGGCAUGACAUCAAUAGAGAAGGAGAUCAUGAGCAAAUGGAAAAGAAAAAGCUUCAUUGAGGAAGCAACAGGAGAUGAGCUGUAGAACGCAGGGAAAAGUUCAAUUAGAAGACUUACUUCACCAUCUUGAGAAAGAAGGGAUCGAACCCCUUGUCUUUACAGAAGAACAACUCUAUUUUGUCUGGUGCUCGUUACAGCGAAGACAGGCUGAGGACAGCUACGAGAGAUCUAGAAGAGCUGUCAGGGAAGCACAUGGAAGAAAUUAAAGGAGUAAGAGCUGACAUCAUAAAGGUGGAAAAUAAUGCAAACCAUGUCUGUAACUUACCAGAGGAAAAAGAAGCAUUUUCUCAUGGUUAUGAACAGGAAAGCAAGCAGCCUAGACAUGAGUUUAAAGAGCUCCAACUCAAGCCAGAAGUGCAAAUAAAGGAGGUUGAAAUGUUGUAUCAAGAAGGCUCAUCUGAAAUAGUCCUGAGCAGCAACAGCGAACAGAUUGCACACUUACUCACGGAAAGAAGUACACUCUUGAGGAAACUGGAACGUGGGGACCCCAAAUCAGAAUCACAAAGAUGUCUGAGCAGUAACCUACAGAAAGAAUUUCCCCAGGAGAAAUUUGAACAAACCUACCAGCCUCUGCAAAGGGAACAUCAGAAACAUCAAGAACCUGUGCAUCAGUCUAAAAAUAAUCUGAGUGAGUUCCAUAAUGAAGACCCAGAAAAAGAUAAAAUAACAAAAAGCUGCAGAGAGAGAGAUAUGGAACAAGUAGCAAGGAGGUUAGGGAUGGCCCAUGAAGAGAUCCGAAGGCUCACUGAUGAACUGCAAGGGAAGGAGAAGGAACAGAGUAAAUUAGAUUCUGCACUUAAGAAGGCUCAACUAGAAAUUGAGAAAUUGAAGGAAAAUUUGAUAAAACUGAAAGAAAAUGACUCAGCUGACGCACGGAAAGCAAAGGAACAUAAUCAGAGACUGGAUGAGGAAAUUCUGGCUUUAAGAAAUCGGGUUCGAUCACUUGACUCAGAAAAAAAAUUGCUUGGAGAAGAGGUUGAAAGGCUUAAAGGAGAACUUUGUGAAUCUCAAGAGAAUAAGCAACUUGGAAACCACUCUCCUGGAAGAACUGUGGCUGCUGAGCAGAAAGUAGAGAUAUUGAAAAUGAGCCAAGAAAAAAUUGAAAUAUUUGAAAGUGAGUUGUCAGAAGAGAGAGAAAGGAAAAAGCAAUUGACGUCUGAUCUUAAUACUGUGCAGAAGGCUUUGAAAGUUGAAAGUGAGGAAUUGCAAAAAUCAAAGUCAGAACUUAUAUGCCUUUAUAAUGAAAUUCAAAGUCUUCCAGGGGCAGCAGGAGACAGAGACCAUUUUUUAAUAGCGCAUGACCUGCUACAAAGAGAGAAUUCUGAAUUAGAAACAAAGUAUCCAUCACCUGGAGGAAAACUGAAAUACCAGCAGCAAGAGGAGCCACAGCAACUUCGCCAGAAUUUGCACCGACUCCAGAUUCUAUGCAACUCAGCAGAAAAAGAGCUUCGAUACGAGCGAGGAAAGAACUUGGACUUAAAGCAACAUAAUAGCUUACUUCAGGAAGAAAGCAUUAAGAUCAAAAUUGAACUCAAGCAGGCCCAGCAGAAGUUAUUAGACAGCACAAAGAUGUGCUCUUCACUCACAGCUGAGUGGAAGCACUGUCAGCAGAAAAUCAAGGAACUGGAACUGGAAGUACUUAAACAGGCUCAGAGCAUUAAAUCUCAGAACAACCUACAGGAAAAGCUGGCUCAGGAGAAAUCUAAAGUUGCUGAUGCAGAGGAAAAGAUUUUGGAUCUGCAGCAGAAAUUAGAACAUGCUCAUAAAGUCUGUCUCACAGACACUUGUAUUUUGGGGAAGAAGCAAUUAGAGGAAAGGAUAAAAGAAGCAAUAGAAAAUGAAGCUAAAAUAAAGCAGCAAUAUCAGGAAGAACAGCAGAAGAGGAAACUCCUAGAUCAGAAUAUGAAUGAGCUACAAAGGCGAGUGAAAAUCUUACAGGAUAAAGAGAGUCAACUGGAAAUGACCAGUUCUCAGCAACAAUCCAAAAUUCAGCAACAAGAGGCCCAACUUCAACAACUGGAAAAUGAAAAAAGAAAAUCUGAUGAGCAUCUCAAGAGCCACCAGGAAUUGUCAGAGAAGCUGUCUGGGUUGCAGCAGGAGAAGGAAGCUCUACGUGAAGAAUAUGGGCAGUUUUUGAAGCAGCUUGAUGUCCACGUGAGAAACUAUAAUGAGAAACAUCACCACCACAAAGCCAAGCUUCGCAGAGUCAAGGAUCGUUUAGUUCAUGAAGUAGGACUCCGAGAUGAGAGAAUCAAACAACUUGAAAAUGAGAUUGGAGCCCUGCAGCAACAAAUGGAAAAGGAGAAGGCAUUCCAGGAUGAGAUCACUGCCCAAAAUGAUAUCCUGCUCCUAGAAAAGAGGAGACUUCUGGAACAGCUCACAGAGCAAGAGGAACUGAUCCACGGCAACAAAUGGAUGAUGUCUUCUGUCCAGAGCAGAGUACUUUUCCUGGAUAAAGAAAAUAAGCAGCUACAGGAAAACAGUCUCCGGCUCACCCAGCAGGUGGGUCUCUUAGAGCGCAUCAUAAGGAGCAUCCAGAUCCGCAGAGGGGAGGAAAUGACAAUUAGUGGCAUCCCGGAAUUUGAAGUAUUGAAUAAAAUUGUGCCCUUACCAAGCUCCAGUUUUUCAGGAACGGGUUUGGUAGAGUCAGCUGGAAGUCUUCAAGAGACUGAAGAACAUAGGUCAGAAGAAGCAAUGGCAAACCCCAAGUCCCUCGAGUCUCUUUCAUGUUCACAGAGUUCUGAAGCUGGAUACAUAAACGUGGCUUCUCUGAAAGAAACACAUCGCAUCCAAGAAUAAGACCAAGUCAGAACUAUAAAAUCACUAGAGUCUCAACCUAGACUGAUGAAAGCUGCUAACUUAAAGCUUGGGAGUGAAGAUGGAGCAUGGAGAAGAGUCAAGAGUUACGACAGAUCCUCACUGGGCAUCAACCAGGAGUCUUCAAAAUUGCUGAUAAAUUCAUUAAACCUGUUCUAAAAAUGGAUUUCUCAAGUUUGUUUAGUAUCCUCAAAUGCCUUGUAUUGAUCAAUGUUGUGACAAGUUCAAUGGUUUAAUUAGGUUUUUGUUCAGCAGGGCACAUAUACAGCUAAUUCAGCAUUCUUUCUAUUCCUGUUGUCAUGGGUAUUUUCUUAUUUAUUUUUUAAUUUAAAAGUAAAAACAAUGUAAUCACCUUAAAGCAAAUAUUUGAGAAAGAAAAAGAAAACUAUAAAGCAUGCAUU